AUGGACGACUCGAUCAUGGAUGAUGAUAUUUUUGAUGUCGAGAGCGACGCUGGCAGCUCCGACUUUGUCCCUGAGCCUGUUUCGAAGCCCAAGGCGAAACCAGCUCCCAAGAAAGCCGCCGCCAAACCCGCGGCGAAGAAGCAAACGACCCUAACUGCGACCAAGGCCAAGGCCGCCCCGAAGAAAAAGGCCAAGGUCGAUAGUGAAGAUGAAGUUUCUGACGUGCAAAUGUCCGACGACGAGUCGCUCUCCCACACCCCUCCCAAGGCGAAAAAGCCCGCUGCCACCAAACGCGCCGGCUCCAAACCUCUCGCAGACGUGGAGAAUGAUGGCGACAAGUACCAGAGGUUAACACAACUCGAACACAUCAUCAAACGCCCCGAUACAUACAUUGGCUCCAUUGAGGCCACCCAGCAACAAAUGUGGGCCUUCAACUCGGAGACUGAGAUGAUGGAAUUUCGCAAUGUGACCUUCGUCCCCGGUCUCUACAAGAUUUUCGAUGAGAUCGUCGUCAACGCAGCCGAUAACAGGCAUAAUGACAAGGGCAUGAACGAAAUCCGGGUCACCAUUGACCGCGAAAAGGGCGAAAUCAGUGUUUGGAACAACGGACGUGGUAUUCCCAUCGAGAUUCACUCCAAGGAGAAGAUCUAUGUACCGGAACUGAUCUUCGGAAACUUGCUCACAUCCUCCAACUACGAUGAUACCCAGCAAAAAGUGACUGGUGGUCGAAACGGUUACGGUGCCAAGCUUUGUAACGUCUUUUCCACCGAGUUCACCUUGGAAACUCAAGACUCCAACCAGAAGAAGAAGUACAAACAGACCUGGACAGAAAACAUGAGCAAGAUUGGCAAGGCAAAAAUCACCGAUGUCAGCAAGGGCGAUGACUACACAAUGGUCACUUUCAAGCCGGACUUUGCCAAAUUCGGUAUGGAAGGCAUUGACGAUGAUUUCGAGGCGCUCGUGAAGCGUCGUGUCUAUGAUUUAGCUGGUACCUCGGGUGUCACUGUCAAGCUGAACAAAACACGUGUCCCGAUUCGCAACUUCAAGUCAUAUAUGCAGAUGUACACCAAGGCCAUUCGUCGUGAGCGCGGAGACGACGGUCCGGCCCCCAAGGAUGAAAUCCUCACUUGUAACCCAGAUCCUCGAUGGGAGAUUGGCUUCUCCGUUUCAGAUGGUGCUUUCCAACAAGUAUCAUUCGUCAAUUCCAUUGCGACUACCUCGGGUGGAACUCACGUCAACUACAUCGCGGAUCAAAUCUGUAACCGACUCGCUGAUCAGGUGAAGAAGAAGAACAAGACCGGCGCCACGUUGAAGGCGGCCCAAAUACGUAACCAUAUCUUCAUUUUCGUCAAUGCUCAGAUCGUCAACCCGGCCUUCACCUCUCAGACAAAAGAGCAAUUGACCACGAAGGCAAGCCAAUUUGGUAGCAAGUGUGUUUUGGAAGAAGAUUUCUAUAAGAAAAUUUUGAAGACUGAGGUGAUGACCAACAUCCUGCAUUUCGCUUCUCAAAAGGCAGAUCAAAUCUUGAAGAAAAGUGAUGGCGGCCGUCGUACCCGCAUGAACAACCCCAAGCUUGUGGAAGCCAACAAGGCAGGCACCCGGGACGGUCAUCACUGUACCUUGAUUCUGACUGAGGGUGAUUCCGCCAAAGGUUUGGCUAUGGCUGGUCGUGCUGUUGUCGGUCCCGAUCUGUUCGGUGUCUUUCCUCUUCGUGGAAAGUUGCUUAACGUUCGCGAUGCGUCAUUUGACCAGAUCUCCAAGAACGCCGAGAUCCAGAACAUCAAGAACUUCAUUGGCUUGCAGCACAAAAAGGAAUACACAGAGACCAAGGGUCUCCGAUACGGUCACCUCAUGAUCAUGACCGAUCAGGAUCACGACGGUAGUCACAUCAAGGGAUUGCUCAUCAACUUCCUCCAAGCACAAUUCCCCAGUCUUCUCAAGAUCCCCGAGUUCCUGAUUGAGUUCAUCACCCCUAUCAUCAAGGUGUGGAAGGGAGAUCCAAAGAACCCUACAAAGUCGCAAUCGUUCUUCACCAUGCCCGAGUACGAGGAUUGGCUCGAAACCCACAAGGGUGAACGUGGUUGGGACCACAAGUACUACAAGGGUCUGGGAACCAGCUCUACAACGGACGCCCAGAUCUACUUCCGCGAUCUUGAUCGCCAUCUCAAGGAGUUCCACAUCAUGCAGGACAGCGAGGCUCAACUCAUCGAACUCGCUUUCUCGAAGAAGAAGGCCGACGAGCGUAAGGAGUGGCUACGUCAGUUCAAGCCGGGCACAUACCUGGACCACUCGGCGUCGAAGAUUUCAUACACUGAUUUCAUCAAUAAGGAACUUAUUCUCUUCAGCAUGGCAGAUAAUCAGCGUUCCAUUCCAUCUGUCGUUGAUGGUCUGAAACCUGGUCAACGCAAGGUCCUUUAUGCUUGCUUCCGCCGUAACCUGAAGAAGGAUAUGAAGGUUGUUGAGCUGGCUGGUCUUGUUUCAGGAAUGACAGCCUAUCAACACGGUGAAACUUCCCUCCAGCAAACCAUCGUCGGUCUAGCGCAGACCUUCGUUGGCUCCAACAACAUCAACUGCCUUGAGCCAAGUGGUAACUUCGGUAGUCGACUCCAGGGCGGUGGCGACUGUGCCAGUGCUCGUUACAUUUACACUCGUCUCUCACCAUUUGCCCGCAAGGUGUUCCAUACUGCCGACGAGCCGCUGCUGACUUACAACGAGGAUGAUGGCAAGAAAAUCGAGCCCGAGGUCUACAUGCCUGUCGUACCGAUGCUUUUGAUCAACGGUACCGAUGGUAUUGGAACCGGUUGGAGUUCUUCCAUCCCUAACUACAACCCCGAGGAUGUGGUGAGCAACUUGAGACGUUUGAUGGAUGGUGAGCCAACCCAGCCUAUGCAACCUUGGUUCCGUGGCUUCACGGGUGAGGUUGUGGAUAUGGGCGGCGAUCGAUGGAAGUUCAGCGGUAUCAUCAAGGAAACUGGCGAUAAAGAGGUUGAAAUCACUGAAUUGCCCAUCCGCACCUGGACUCAGGACUUCAAGGACAAACUCGAAGAUAUCAUCAAGGCCGACAAGGUGCCUUCCUUCAUCAAGGACUACAAGGAUUACAAUACCCACGACAAGGUCCACUUUGUGAUCCAACUGGACGAGAAGAACUUGAAGUCCGCCUUAUCCGAUGGCUUGGAAGACAAAUUCAAGCUCACUAAGAGUAUCGCUACCAGUAAUAUGGUCGCCUUCGACCCCGAGGGUCGUAUCACCAAGUAUGCCACUGUGGAUGAUAUUCUCAAGGAGUUCUUCCAUCUUCGCCUCAAGUACUAUGAGCGCCGCAAGCAACACCAGCUGAGCGAACUUCAAAAGGACCUUGAGAAGUUGAGUAACCAGGCUCGCUUUGUUCAGAUGAUCAUCGACGGAAAGCUCGUCAUUUCCAAGAAAAAGAAGUCUGUCCUAGUCAACGAGUUGAAGGAGAAGGGCUUCAGGGCAUUCGCCAAGGUGGCGGAUGCUGUCAAAAUGGGCGAAGAAGAAGCCGUUGUUGACGAGGGUGAUGAAGACGGCGACGCUGACGUCGAAGUCUUGUCAAGCUCUUACGAUUACCUGCUCGGCAUGGCUCUGUGGUCCUUGACCCAGGAACGUGUUGAGAAGCUCCGCCGUCAGAUUGGUGACAAGGAGACCGAAAUCGAUGCUUUGAUCAAGCUUUCCAAGGAGGACAUCUGGAGACAUGACCUUGACGAAUUCAUCAACGAGUGGCGCUUCCAGCUCGAAGACGAAGCCCGUCGUCUCCGUAAAGUCAACAACAUGGGCCGCCGUGAGUCUUCCAAGCUUAUGACUGGCGCGCGCCGUGCUCCAGCAUCCCGCAAGCGCAAGGCUGCGGCGACCGGCGAUGAUCCUGAUGAUGAGGACUUCGGUGCUCCUAAAUCAAAGAAGGCAGCCGCAGCUGCAGCUAAGAAGGCUAAGCCCACUAACAGUCUCGCCAACUUCCUCAACUCUAAGCCCGAAGAAAAACCAAGCGUAUCGGGAGAUGGGGCCGCUGAUUCCGACGACGAUUUCGAAAUGGAAGUUAUGCCUAAGAAGAGUCGCGCUGCUGUGAAGCCCAAGCCAAAACCCAAGGAGGAGGAAAACGACGACGACUUCAUGGAUAUCGAUGAAGCUCCUUCUCGCGCAUCAGCCCAACCAAAGGCCGAGCCUGAUAUUUUUGAUAUCGACAGUGAGCCUGAGGCCAAACCUGCUCCCAAGCCCAAGCCUGCGGCUAAGCGGGCACCCAAGGCCAAGGCUGAGCCUGAUCCUUUCGAAAUCGACAGCGACAGCGAGGCCGAGGCCGAGGCUGAACCUGAACCUGCUCCAAAGCCCAAGCCCGCGGCCAAACGGGCAGCAGCCAAACCAAAGGCAAAGGCACCUGUCGACGACGACGGAUCAGACGACGAUUUCCUCGAAAUCGCAAAGAGUGAAGCUGCCAAGCCUGCCGCUGGAAGUCGCUCCCGUAAGCCAGUCAAAUACUCUGCCCCCAGUGACUCGGAGAGUGACGGGGAAGACAUGCUUGGAGAUGUUAGCCAGAUGGUCAAGGGAAUUGGUGGUGCUGACUCGGAGCCCCGUCAACUCUUUUCAGAGCGUUCCCGUGCUGGAAGCAGUGCAAGUCUGAAGGCUAGUGGUGCCAUGUCCCCCUCCAAGUCGCCUUCCAAGGUCAGCGAAUUCGAUCCCGAUGAGACGGAUUACACCAAGCUCAUUCCCUCGAAGUCCCCUCGACGACGCUCGCUGCAGAUCAAGCCUAGGGAGGUUACAAGAAUUGACGACGAGGACGAAGAGGAAGAAGAAGAGCCCGUCAAGCCUGCUGCCAGGGCCAAGGCUGCGCCGAAGGCAAAGGCCGCUCCAAAGGGUGCAGCUGCAAAGGCCGCUCCUAAGACUGCUCCUGCCCGUGCAAAGAAGGCCGAUGCUCCUGUUGCCUUGUCGCCAGCGGCCAAGGCUUACGCUUCAAAACAGUCCAAGGCUGCGCCCAAGACAAAGAAGGUGGUGGAGGAUUACUCAGAAGACGACAUCGACGCCAUGGCCAAUGACAUCUUGGAUUCUCCCGCCGGCAAGGCGAAUGAUGACUCUGAAGAUGACGAACCGGUCGCUCCUAGACGGGGCGCCGCCGCCAGGCCUGCCCGUCGUGGUGCAGCGCAGGCCAAGAAGAGUUAUGUCAUUGAAGACGACGAGAGUGAAGAGGAGUCGGAAGAUGACUUCGACGAUGAUGAAAGCGAUUGA